UAAAUAUACUGUUUCUUUUAAUUCGGCAAUUAAGGUUGGGUGUCCUUGAGGGAAAUUGAAGUUCAUCAAUCUGGUAUGAACUUUCAAAGAGUAAGAGAAGUAUAAAGGAACAGAUUAGUGAACAAAUGAUCUUUUACCUUCAUUCCCAAUUUUUGUUAUCUUAAGCAUCGAUAUAAAAGUAUUAUUAAUAAAUUCAAAAUCAGUCAUUAAAAGAGUAAUGUUAUCAAAUAUGAUAAUUUUGGAACAACAUUCCUUUGUCUACCUAUCAAAACUGUGACUAACAUCAUGAAAACUCGUCUAUGGAAGACAGUGAGGUGCUUUUGUAAUGAGAUCUGGGAGUGAAAAGUUUGAAAAUGAAUGUCCCUUUCACUUCUUCUGUGAUUUAUUGAUGUAUAACCUUUGGUUGUUUAGGAUGUUCUUCAUUACUGUCAGCUAAAAAUGAAAAGCUCGCAUGCCCUAAAAAAAGUUACAUUUUUAAAUAUUCCAUCUACAGAUGUGCAAUGUAGGCAAAAUGGGAACUGGAUCUGAUAUUCAUCUCUCUAAUCUCAUUGGGUGAUGAAAUCCAUAAGUUAUGACUCAUAAACAAUUACUGGAUGAAUUCUGCUCUCCUUUUGUUCAUCAAAUUUCAUCGUUCUAUUACAAUGGCUUUUUCCUCAUUAUUAUGCCUGUACGUAAAUGUGCGCCCGCGUUUCAACAGCGGCAAUAUAUGAUCAAAACAACAUUUCUUUGUUUACUUUAUUCCUGCUGCUGGAAGAUAUGAUCGAUGAUGCCAGCCGGGGUCACUUCUUUUCUUCUCCGUCACUUAUGACCUCGUGCUGAAUGCGAAUUUCAUUUGGUCAGCAACCAAGAGGACUCACAAAGUUUUGUUUCGAACCGGUUUACGCGGGUUCUAAAAAUACACUCGUCACGUGUACAUACAAAAGGAAACACAGUAUAAAGCUGUCGAGUCGACGAAAUUUCCUUCAUUGAAACACACCACCGAAGAAUUUUGUUAGAACAGAAAGCACCAUGACACAUUGUAUGAUUUGCUUUGCAGAAACGCCUGACAGAAUCUCGCGGACAUUAUGUUGCUCGGGAGUUAUAUGUUUGUCUUGUUUGGAGGCACACAUUGUGUCGAAGAUAAACGAAGCUAUCGUGGCCAUAAUAUGUCCUCUGGGCAAUUGUGACAGUUUAGUAAGCGAGGAGGAGAUAAGACAGCUUGUUCCUGUUGAAGUGUUCGAAAAAUACGAACGUUUCAAAGUGGAGGUAGAACAAAACCCAGGGAUCAAGAUAUGCCCAGGAUGUUCGCGUAUUUAUCAACACCCAGACUUGGAGAAAGUGGAACGCGAAAAAGUCUCCCGUCCGGAAGUUAUGAAAGUAACAUGUUCAAAAUGUCGCCUGGUUUGGUGUUUUGCCUGCCAAGCUCCCUGGCAUCACGGCUUGACGUGUAAUGAAUUCUGUAAAGGGGAUAAAUCUUUGAAAAUAUGGGCAAAAAAUCGGGGACAGCCUGCUCGAAACGCCUGUCGUUGUCCGAAAUGUCAUGUCUUCAUUCAGAAGUCCAGCGGCUGCGACCACAUGUGCUGUAGCAGAUGUAACACUGAAUUCUGUUACCGUUGUGGUGGGAAGUACCAUGAUCUUAAAUUCUUAGGCAACCACUAUGAUCGUUUCAGUAUCCUGGGCUGCAAAUACAACUACAAGCCAAAUCAACCUGCACAGAGGAUAGCAGUGCGUGGAGCACUCUUUAGUGGUAAAGUUGUAUUGGCACCUGUAGUUGCAAGUUUGGCUGUCAGUGCUGGUUGUGUUGUACUUGGUGCAGGGUUGGUUGCUGCACCGUUUUAUGCCCCAUAUGUGCUGAUAAAGAGACAAAGAGCAAAACACAAGCAGAAAAAAUUGAGAAACAGAAAAACAAUGGAAAAUUCUAGUCUUUAGGCCUAAUGAGUUUUACAUGCAUUACCAGGAGACUUGGGUUUGGUUUUUAUUUUAUCAAACUAGUACACAUUUGGACCUUGUUUCAUGCUACUUUUCAAAUGGAAAUCAAAAAGGAAUGUCAGAGUGAUAAUCAUCUGUCCUUUUAAGGCCAACUAUAAUGUAAGGCCAGACCACGGGGGAACAGCUGCAUGACUAAUUUUUUAAAAUCAGUGGGUUGCUUCUGCUUUUGAGAACCAAUGUAAAGCAUGGUGAUGUUGGACUUCCAAUCAUCCAGUUACCAUGAUCUGCUUCUGUCACAAGAUAAAUCAUGCCUUACCUUGGAAACAUACAUAACAAAGAAAAAUGCUGUCAUGUCUUUGGAGCUUUUAAAAUCAUUCUGCAUGCCUUAGGGACAGUUAAUCAUGUCAAAUGAGACAGCUGCAUCUGAUUUUUCUUUUUAAGCAAGUAGUGCAAGCAACAAAAGUCGGCAACACUCUGUUAAAAUCUUUGACAACUUGAGUAUUCCCCCCCCUUUUUUUUUGAGGCCUUCUUCCCCAUAUACUUCUGGGAUCUUCCUCUUCUUAUCCCUAGGAAAUUUUACACUUACCCCAGGGGUUCAUGUUCCCUUCACUGGUUACAAUGAAAGUUCUCAAGUUUAAAAGCUGUCAUUGCACAAUGUAUUAUAGUUCAGAUUUUUCUUUCUGUUGUUCAAACUCAUUUGAAAAUAAUUUCUUUUUAAUCAGUAUUGCUUUUCAAUUGUAAUAUCAGAGUGUUCUUAAAUAUUGCCAAAAUAUUCAGAAAUAAUAAGACACUACCAUGAGAACUUUUUCACCUUGUUGGAGGUAAUUGGGCAAUGUAAGUUGAUGUUUGGUUAAGGGCUUGUGUUGGCCAAAUUGUGGCAAAAUUCACAAAUAAAAAAUUGACAGGGCAACUGUAUUGAUGAGAAGCCUUGUUAAGUUAGAUAUCUAAUUGUUGUUUUUGACACAAAUUUUCAUUCUUGAACUUUUGCUCCAAUUUGGCUACCAUACUUGUGAAAAAUAGUAGAAUCUUAUUAAGCAUUUUUUUUCACUCUGUCUGAUUGCCAAUUUUAAAAUGUAAUAAGGUGAAAACUUAUAAGUCAGGGAACAUCUGCCAAAAACCAAAUUCAGCAUAAGUGUGUAAAAUGUCAGGAAAGUGUUGAGCAUGAAAAUCUUGUUACUGAGACAAAAUUAUCACUCUAUUUUUCCCUGCCUGUGUUACAGUUCAAAGACUUCAGUAAAAUCAAUUGUAACCGGAAGAUAUAACCAUGGUUGCAGCCAAUUUAAUUAUUUGGAAAUUUUUAUACAACUGUUAUCAUAAUUUUAACCCUUGGUCACUAAAAUUGUCAUAAAUUUUAGAGAAAAUAGUUGGGUUAAGGGAAAAAAACUGAAAAGUGUGUUGGAAUGAAUACAUCUUCAAACUAUAUAGUUAAAUAUUUUGGGCUAACUUGAGGUCUUCGUUUGGUGAAUGGUGGUAUGAAAAAAGCAGAUGAAUUUAGAACAGAAAAGGGAAGGAUUACUUUUUUCUCCUUUGUAAAUGGUGAUUAUUUAAGCUGUAUUUAAUUGAAUUCUAAAAUUAAAAAGCUCACAUAGUAAGGUAUUAAAAUUUAUUGAUAAAGUG